UCUGGUGUCAGUGCACCGCUGGAGUUUUCUCUGCGAGGAGUCUUCUGAUCUCUGCAGGCUGUGUGAAAGAAAAAUGAAGCGAAGCCACAACUACAGCUCAUCGGACAGCGAGCUGGACGACAAUGUUGAGGUGGAGAAAGAUAGCGGCGACGAAAAUGGACAAAUUGAUUCUCACGGCUCGAUGUCACCCUCCACUACCACCCAAGUUCAAGCAAGAAAAAGACGCAGAGGGAUCAUUGAAAAACGGAGACGUGACCGAAUCAACAACAGUCUGUCAGAACUGAGGAGAUUGGUGCCAAGUGCCUUUGAGAAACAGGGAUCAGCUAAACUGGAAAAAGCAGAAAUAUUGCAAAUGACUGUGGACCAUUUGAAGAUGCUUCAUGCAUCUGGUGGCAAAGGUUACUUUGAGGCUCAUGCUCUUGCUAAGGAUUACCGCAGCCUGGGCUUCAGGGAGUGCCUGGCAGAGACCGCUCGCUACCUUAGCAUCAUCGAGGGUCGGGACAGUACAGACCCCCUCCGUGUACGCUUGGUGUCCCACCUCAGCAGCUACGCCUCUCAGAGGGAGGUGCACACUGGACUGGAACACUUGGCCUGGGGGUCUGCCUAUGGAAGUGCCCCUGCCCAUCUCCCCCACCCCCUCCUCCUACAACACCCCCAGGGCAGGACACCUGCAACCAGAAGCAACAGUAGCCCACCCUCCUCCUCUUCUUCCUCUUCUUCCUCUACAUCUUCCUCCUCCUCCAGUGAGGCAUCUGGGACAUCCAGACUCAGUGUCAUGCCCCCCACAGAGUCCCUCAGGGUUUCUCCCAACGGCUCGCUGCCCCUCAAUCUGCCUGUGCCAACAUCUAAGCUUUCGCCACCACUCCUCUCAUCCCUCUCCUCGCUUUCGGCCUUCCCCCUCUCCUUCAGUGCCUUCCCUCUCGUCUCCCCGACGGCCCUCAGCACGGUGAGCCCCUCCUCCACCCUGUCAAAGCCUUACAGGCCUUGGGGCACGGAGAUUGGGGCCUUCUGAAGCUAACAACUGGACUGAAGGCAACAGCUGAGCUGUGCCCACCACCACAGACUUGGCAGGACAACCUGCCUCAUCUGUUUUUAUAGCAAUAAAACACAGUGGAACAAAACAGAAUGAAUUUAUUUUAUUAAGUAUAAAGAAUAAGUGGAGGAGGUUGCUGAAGGAUGUCGUUUCCGCUCAGUAUGUCAUUACUAAAGGAUUUUUGUUACUAGUUUAAAUGGAUAACUAAUUUAGUGAACAUGCACUGUCUCCAGCUUGAGGACUGAUAGAGUGAUAUGACGUAUGGGCCAUACAUAGAUUUACUGUAAGCACAAAUUUAUUGGUAAUAUUUUGUAGACCAGAUACUGAAACUUCUACAUUUGUCAAGCACAGACGUCUGUAUUUAAUAAGAUGUAGAAUUACUCAAUUCGGUCUGCUGCUUUAGCGAUGUCAGAAUUUGUGGAAAAGAAUAUGCAUAUUGUAUGUGCCAUCGUUGGAAAACUAACCACUUGAGAACUGGAAAUGUGUAUUGCAUUCUUGUAUCUAUUUGUAAUAUUUUUUUGGACCAAUAAA